AUGUUUCCUUUCAUACGACGAUGCUGCUUCCACACACGUUUCAAACUCCAGAAUGUAACUGGUCCCAGGCUACUACCAUACAGAAAGAAUAAGACAACUUGGUCUUCUCUCAGCCUCUUGCUACAGAGGGAUGCGUGUCCUCUCUCAAGAACUGCAAGCCUCAACCCAGCAUCAGUAUAUGCAGUCAAGCUCCAGGCUUUUCACACCUCUCUCCCCUUCUUCAAGAAGAAAACCCCCAAGGAAUCAGAGACCAAAGACUCUGGUGUCUUGCAACGAAGUAUGAAAUCACUAAAGGAUUCUCCCAAGCCAGCCCUUUACUUAAGCCUCGCAGGGCUAAUUCCAUUUGUUUCUGUGCCACUGGCAAUGGCCAUCCAAGGGACCUACUACCCACAGCUGGUGUUUGCUCAGAUGAUGUACGGUGCUGUAACAGUCUCUUUCCUAGGAGGAAUGAGGUGGGGGUUUGCUCUCCCAGAAAACAGCCCAGCCAAGCCUGACUGGAUGAACCUGGCUAACAGUACAAUUCCCCCCUUACUUGCCUGUCAAGGCUUACUUUUUAACGAUAUCUCUAGUGGUACAGUAAUGCUAGUAAUAGCCCUAGGGAUAGCACUACAUUAUGACAUUUCCCUUCUUCCUACUUAUCCUGGGUGGUUUAAAGUACUGAGGGUAGUGGGAACUGUGGUGAUGGUAUUAUCCCUAUUGGCUACUCUAGCAUUGAAGACUUUUUCAGAGGCAGCUAACAGUAGAAAUAAAGAGCAGAUCACAAAAUAA